AUGAUACUCAAGCCUAAAAAUGUACUGUCAUGUCUUUUUCUACGACCCUGGUUAGGAGUGCCAUUUGGAAUAUGGAUAGCUGUGUCUGUAGUCUACUAUUGGUGGCUUAUAUCUCGGAUAAGUGUUUUAGAAACGCAAAACAAAGUCUUCAAGACACAACUGAGGCUUUCCCAGUCAGCACUUAGACAGAUGUCUAUAGAUUCUGCUGGUGUGGUAGAUUCUGCCACAACAUAUAAAAUACCUGUUAUACCAGAUGCCGUUGGUACUGUAUGUGAAACAAUCCAUGUUGCGUUAGUAUGUAUGGGUAAAUGUAUGCGCCUCAUCACUCCUAUGUUGAAGUCACUGCUCCAUCAUCGUCAGAACCCAAUACAUUUCCAUUUUAUUGUCGAUGGGUCUUCACAACACAUUACAGAAACACUUUUUGACACAUGGGACUUGCCAGACGUAAAAUAUACUUGUUAUAAUGCACAAAAUCAACUGAUUCAAGUCCGAUGGGUUCCAAACACUCACUACUCUGGUAUAUAUGCUCUGGUUAAGUUAUUAUUUCCAAAUAUUUUGCCAUCUACACUGAAACAAGUUAUUGUCCUUGAUUCUGACUUGACAUUCUUGUUUGAUAUUGCUGAAUUAUGGGCUAUGUUUAGAAAUAUGACAAAUGAUCAGUUCAUAGGUCUAGUAGAAAACGAGAGUGAUUGGUAUUAUGAUGGAAAAAAAUGGCCAGCAUUAGGCAGAGGAUAUAACACUGGAAUAAUGUUACUAGAUCUGCACAAAAUCAGAGCUAAUGUGGAUUGGAAGUAUUUAUGGCAUGAUGCUGUAAAGAGUAACUUGAACCAUUUAAAACAGACAACACUUGCAGACCAAGAUGUUAUCAAUGCAAUCAUUAAGAAAAAUCCUGAGUUUGUAUAUAACAUAAGCUGUCAAUAUAAUGUACAAAUGUCAACAAAAACAUUAGCAAAAAAUUGUUAUGGAGAAGACACUAAUAAUAUAAAGGUGAUUCAUUGGAAUUCUCCAGGAAAAUAUAAUAUAAGAAUUAGAGAUGCUGAUUUUUUUAGGAAUAUUCAUCAAUCUUAUGUGAAUUUUGAUGGAAACUUAUUAAAAGAAAAACUACAUAAGUGUGGACAAAGCGAAAUAGUUACCUACAAGAUGAACCAUUCAGACUUAUGCAUAAGUUUCCGAGCUGCACAGCGCGUUAAGUUACGAACACAUAUUUACUACAUGGACUAUACUUACACAAACAUAGACAAUUUUGACGUCACACUUGUACUGCAAUUGUCUAUGGAUCGACUACAAUUCUUAGAGAGACUUGUAAAGUAUUGGGAAGGGCCACUCAGUGCUGCCAUCUAUCUGUCAGACUGUGAAGUGACCAAGCUGGAGAGUUUCAUCAGAGAUUGGUCCGAUACAUUGAGCACGAGACGUAACAUCGGCUAUCAUUUAGUUUUCAAACAUGACUCCGUCCAUUACCCAGUUAACUAUCUACGUAACGUAGCUCUAGACAAUGUGAACACACCAUACGUAUUUCUAAUGGAUGCAGACUUCGUGCCGAUGGCGGGCUUAUAUGACCAUUUAAGAUCAGCCAUCAAAUUGAUAAACCCCUAUGCACAGAAAAAGUGUCUAGUAGUGGCAGCUUUCGAGACGCAGCGUUACCGCGCGUCUCCGCCGCGCAACAAGCCGGCGUUACUCGCGCGGCUGUCGGGCGGUCACAGCGCGGGGGACGUGGCGCCGUUCCGGGCAAGAGAAUGGCCUAAAGGGCAUCGCGCCACCAACUAUACUAAAUGGGUCACCGCUACUGCUCCUUAUGAGGUGGAAUGGCAAUCAGACUACGAGCCGUAUCUAGUGGUACACCGGUCUGUUCCUAAAUACGAUACACGUUUUUCUGGUUUCGGUUGGAACAAGGUGUCGCACAGUGUGGAACUAAGGGCGCAGGGUUACCGCGCGGUUGUGUUACCCGACGCGUUUGUUGUGCACACGCCGCACGCGCCCUCGCCCGACAUCACCGCCUUCCGAGCCAACCCUCACUACAGAAUAUGCCUAGCUCUUUUGAAACAAGAGUUUAUGGACGAUCUCAAAAGGAAAUACAACGUCACUUUCGACGAACAAACGAAACAGGAUUCAAUAUAUGUGGGACAGGCCAAGAGCCUCAUACUCAACCAAGCGAAAGAUUCGAACUAG